UAUCCCUAUCAUCUUGGAAUUCAUCUUCCAUCACACACACACAAAUGAUUACAGGAUAGAUCCCUCCUACCAACCUGCUUUCUUCACUGUUCCAUGUCUGUCAGUCUUCUCUAUUUAAAGCCUUGUCCUUUCCUACUGUCAAAUUCUAAAUUCUUAACUGACCUUAAAAACACACGAACAGGAACAUUAUGUCUCAUACCUUCUCCACAAACCCCCUCAACGUGAACAUGAAUAUGGUGAGUAUGACAACGUUAACUAGGCCUCGGAAACCCAAUUCUUGUUUCUCCUCCUCCUCCACAUUCUUACCCCAUUGUAAUAUCCAGACCCUGAGAUUCCUUCCACACAGGUCUCUUCUGCGUCUCAAUAAGAACAAUUGUUACAAAUGGAAGCAUUCUAUGUUUAUCAGUACAAAGCCCUUGCUAAAAGAUGGAACUCUCAGUCUAAAUGGCCAAGAAGCAAUCACAGGAGUGCCUGACAAUGUCUUCCUUACACCUUUGUCGGAUUCAUCUGCAUUCUUGGGUGCUACUUCCUCUCAAAGCAGUUCCAGACAUGUUUUCAAGCUUGGAGUUAUUCAGGAUGUGAGACUACUGAGUCUGUUUAGAUUUAAAGUUUGGUGGAUGAUACCUAGAGUGGGGAAUUCAGGAAGUGACAUUCCUAUUGAAACUCAGAUGUUGCUGCUGGAAGCUAGGAAAGGACCAGAUUUAGACAAGUCAAAUGAUUCUCCCUCUUAUAUCAUAUUCUUACCUUUGCUAGAUGGUGAAUUUCGAAGCAGCUUGCAGGGGAACUCAUCAAAUGAACUUGAGUUCUGUCUUGAAAGUGGUGACCCCGCUAUAGUUACUUCAGAAUCCAUAAGAGCAGUUUUUGUGAAUUAUGGGAACCAUCCAUUUGAUCUAAUGAAGGAAUCAAUGAAGAUUUUGGAGGAGCAGACUGGAACCUUUUCUGUCAGGGAAACGAAACAGAUGCCAGGAAUACUAGAUGUGUUUGGUUGGUGCACCUGGGAUGCUUUUUAUCAGGAAGUAAAUCCUCAAGGAAUAAAAGAUGGCUUGAAAAGUUUAUCCGAGGGAGGCACUCCAGCAAAGUUUUUGAUAAUAGAUGACGGUUGGCAGGAUACCACUAAUGAAUUCCAAAAAGAAGUAGAGCCAUUUAUUGAUGGUUCACAGUUUGGAGGCAGGUUAGUCAGCGUUGAAGAAAACAACAAGUUUCGGAGAAGAUCCAAGGAAUCCCAGGCUGAUGCACCAAAUGAUCUAAAACAUUUUGUUGCAGAUAUUAAGAGGAAUUUUGGCCUUAAGUACGUCUAUGUAUGGCAUGCCCUCAUGGGAUAUUGGGGAGGCCUUGUUCCAAAUGCUCGUGAUACUAAGAAGUAUAAUCCCAAAUUAACCUACCCACUGCAAUCGCCAGGGAACUUGGCAAAUAUGAGGGAUCUAGCUAUGGAUUGCAUGGAGAAGUAUGGUGUUGGUGCAAUUGACCCUGACAGAAUAUCUCAGUUUUAUGAUGAUCUACACAGCUAUCUUGUUUCACAGGAUGUGGAUGGGGUUAAGGUUGAUGUUCAGAAUAUACUGGAAACUAUUGCGACUGAUUUAGGAGGUCGAGUCUCACUUACCAGACAUUUCCAAGAAGCACUUGAGAAGUCUAUAGCUUCCAACUUCCAGGACAACAGCAUUAUCUGCUGUAUGGGUCUGAGCACAGACUCCAUUUACCACUCAAAAAGAAGUGCUAUUACACGGGCCUCUGAUGAUUACUAUCCGAAAAAUCCAGCUACACAGACACUGCACAUAGCUGCUGUGGCUUUUAACAGCAUAUUUCUUGGCGAAGUUGUUGUUCCAGAUUGGGAUAUGUUCUAUAGUCUCCAUGAUGCAGCUGAAUUUCAUGCCAUCGCUAGAGCUGUGGGAGGGUGUCCUGUCUAUGUCAGUGAUAAACCUGGUGAGCAUGAUCACAAGAUACUUAAGAGGCUUGUACUUCCUGAUGGAUCAGUGCUUAGAGCCAAAUAUCCAGGAAGACCAUCAAGAGAUUGUUUAUUCAUUGACCCAGUUAUGGAUGGGAAGAGUCUUCUGAAGAUUUGGAAUUUGAACAAAUGCACUGGAGUUAUUGGUGUGUUCAACUGCCAAGGAGCAGGAAGCUGGCCUUGUCUGGAUAACACAAACCAGAAUCAUGUCAGUAAUAGUGCAGAGGUAUCUGGACAAGUUUCUCCUGCUGAUGUUGAGUAUUUUGAAGAGGUCUCUGGGAAACUGUGGACCGGAGAUUGUGCAAUCUAUUCUUUCAAUAAAGGAUCAGUGUCUCGGUUACCGAAGGAAGAAAAGUUUGGUGUUGGAUUACAAACUCUGGAAUGUGAUGUCUUUACUGUAUCACCUAUCAAGGUUUACUAUCAGAGGAUUGAGUUCGCACCCAUCGGAUUGAUGAACAUGUACAACAGUGGUGGAGCUAUAGAGUCAGUUGAGCAGUGUGGUGAUCCAUCAAGCUAUAAUGGAAGAAUACACAUAAAGGGAAGAGGGGCAGGUAGUUUUGGUGGAUACUCGAGUGUGAAGCCAAAGGGUUGCUCCAUAAAUGGAGAAGAAGAAGAAAUGAAGUACGGAGAAGAAGAUAAACUGGUGACAGUAACCAUAGAUGCCUCCAAUAAUAGUGGUUGGGACAUGGAUAUAUGGUACUGAGGAGGGGGGGCCUAGAGAUUAUUGUGAUAAUUAAGAAAGAGCCUGCAAUCUGCAUGGGCAGGGCAUGUAUAUGUAAAUAAUAAUGACUGAUUUAGCUGUAAUUAAUUGAUUGUUAAGGAAUACGGAGAAGUAUCUGUAAUGAGAAGCAAA